UCCAGGCCCCACUGUGAGAGAGCAGAGGGAAAGGGAGGCACGUUGCUCAUGGGUUAACCUGCUCCUCGUUUUUGCACAGGCAGCAGCAGCGUGCAUGUUGCACAGCUGUGGGUCCCUCUGUGUGUGUGUGCGCGCGCGCGUGUGUGUCUACAGGUAGCAGCAGCAUCGGGGAGAGAGAAAGCGACUCAGCUGCAGCAGCUGCACUGGCUCGGAUUUGGGAGGCGAUUGCUCACUUUGCUGACGGAUGUAUAGCUAGGAAAGAUUUAUCCAGCCAUCCCGUUUGUGCUCUUUUCAUGCAUUUUUCCAGUGUGGCGUUUUUGCUUCUAAAUCUCCCUGGGAAUUUUCUAUUUUGCAUCAGUUUUUUGCAUUCCUGCUAGGAAAUCCGUGGAUACGUCUUGCUUGCCAAGUUUGUAGUGACACCUCUCUGAUCCCCCUCCCCCCUUUUUGGAUAUAUUAUAGUACCCGUUUGUAUAUAGACAUAUAUAUGUUUUUGCCUCUUUCAAGAAAAUUGGAGUUCUUUGGGGAGCGAAUGGAUACUGAAGAGGACAGUCAUAACAUUCUUCUUUUGAGCCUAUAAAAGAGGCGCAUGAAGAAAUUGCUUAAAUUCAGCCAUCAAUUUAGCUCGAAGUACUUAUGGUUGCAGAUCAGGUGCAAACGAGCAGUAGUGAUAAGGGGGAUGGAGGAAUUGGGGGCAGAGCAGUGAUCCAGUGAGGUGGUUUUGUUGUCAGGGGACAAUACUGAUAACCCCAAACCCAAGGACAAGAAUGGAUGAGGAUAUAGACCUGCAGCUAAUUGGAUUUGAUUUAUAAGAGGGGAAUCUGCAGUAGAUGGCCGCUCUCUGCAUAUUGCCACUAUGGAAAACAGAAUUGUCAGUAGGAUGUAGGCUGCUAAAUAGUGCUGUGUGAAGAUGCUGCUGUGAAAUCAAUGGAAGAUACUUGUCGUGUGAAAAGCCUUUUGAGAUUUUUCUGACAGGCUCAUAUUUAGGAAACUUGAUCCAUUUCCUGCGGUUGCCCUGUUUUUACACAAGUGGAUACAAAUAAGAUUGCUUCAUUGUAGCGAUACAACUAAUGUGGGACCAUGGCCCUUCCAAGAUCCCUGUGGCUGAACUGUGUAUGGAGAGCGAUCAUGGUCCGUUUAUUACACAUGGGAUUGGAUGCCACUUUUGUUCUUUGUAUACUUGGAUUUUUGCUUCAUGCUGCAGCUGUGUCCUCACAAAAAUUGGAUGAUAUUGACCCACUCGUGACCACCAACUUUGGCAAGAUAAGAGGGAUUAAGAAGGAACUUAAUAAUGAAAUUUUGGGGCCUGUUAUUCAGUUUCUUGGGGUUCCGUAUGCUGCCCCACCAGUAGGAGAGCAUCGCUUUCAACCUCCUGAACCUCCAUCUCCCUGGUCAGAUAUCAAAAAUGCUACUCAGUUUGCUCCAGUGUGUCCGCAGAACAUUAUAGAAGGCAGAUUGCCUGAAGUCAUGCUUCCUGUGUGGUUUACUAAUAACUUGGAUGUAGUUUCUACCUAUGUACAAGAUCAGAAUGAAGACUGCCUCUAUUUAAAUAUAUAUGUCCCAACUGAGGAUGUCAAAAGAAUAUCCAAGGAAUGUGCCAGAAAACCCGGCAAGAAAAUUUGUAGAAAAGGAGGUCCCCUUACAAAGAAACAGACAGAUGAUUUAGGUGAUAAUGACGGUGCUGAAGAUGAAGACAUUCGGGACAGUGGGGGACCUAAGCCAGUGAUGGUGUAUAUUCAUGGAGGGUCCUACAUGGAAGGCACUGGAAAUUUAUAUGAUGGCAGUGUUCUGGCAAGUUAUGGCAAUGUGAUAGUCAUCACAGUCAACUAUCGCCUUGGGGUACUUGGUUUCUUGAGUACUGGGGAUCAAGCAGCAAAAGGAAACUAUGGCCUCCUUGAUCUAAUCCAGGCUUUGCGAUGGACUAGUGAAAAUAUUGGGUUCUUUGGUGGUGACCCAUUAAGAAUAACUGUUUUUGGAUCCGGUGCAGGCGGCUCAUGUGUCAAUCUGUUGACUUUAUCCCAUUAUUCUGAAGGUAACCGUUGGAGCAAUUCAACCAAAGGACUUUUUCAAAGAGCAAUAGCUCAAAGUGGAACAGCUCUCUCCAGCUGGGCAGUUAGUUUCCAACCUGCAAAAUAUGCCAGGAUGUUGGCUACAAAAGUUGGUUGCAACAUGUCAGACACUGUAGAAUUGGUAGAGUGUCUACAGAAGAAGCCUUAUAGAGAACUUGUGGACCAGGACAUUCAACCAGCCCGAUAUCACAUAGCCUUUGGACCAGUAAUUGAUGGUGACGUGAUACCAGAUGAUCCUCAGAUAUUGAUGGAACAAGGAGAAUUCCUGAACUAUGACAUAAUGUUGGGAGUUAACCAAGGGGAAGGUUUAAAAUUUGUUGAAAAUAUAGUUGAUAGUGAAGAUGGCAUAUCAGCUAGUGAUUUUGACUUUGCUGUUUCCAAUUUUGUCGAUAACUUAUAUGGAUACCCUGAAGGCAAAGAUAUAUUGAGAGAAACUAUUAAAUUUAUGUAUACUGACUGGGCAGACCGACACAAUCCGGAGACCAGAAGGAAAACACUGCUAGCUUUAUUUACUGAUCACCAGUGGGUUGCACCAGCAGUGGCUACAGCAGAUCUUCACUCGAAUUUUGGAUCACCUACAUAUUUCUAUGCCUUCUACCAUCAUUGCCAAACAGAUCAGGUACCUGCUUGGGCAGAUGCAGCCCAUGGGGAUGAGGUUCCUUAUGUACUGGGAAUCCCUAUGAUUGGUCCUACUGAAUUAUUUCCCUGUAAUUUCUCCAAAAAUGAUGUCAUGCUAAGCGCAGUGGUGAUGACAUACUGGACGAACUUUGCAAAAACUGGUGACCCAAAUCAACCAGUCCCACAAGAUACAAAAUUCAUUCAUACUAAACCCAAUCGUUUUGAGGAAGUAGCAUGGACCAGAUACUCUCAAAAAGACCAACUGUAUCUUCACAUUGGAUUAAAACCACGAGUGAAGGAACAUUACAGGGCCAAUAAAGUGAACCUGUGGCUGGAACUGGUACCUCAUCUGCACAAUCUUAAUGACAUUUCACAGUAUACCUCGACCACAACUAAAGUGCCAUCAACUGAUAUUACUUUCAGACCAACAAGGAAAAAUUCUAUACCUGUUACUUCAGCCUUUCCUACAGCCAAACAAGAUGAUCCCAAACAACAACCAAGUCCAUUUUCAGUGGAUCAAAGGGACUAUUCCACAGAGUUGAGCGUUACUAUUGCAGUUGGAGCAUCGUUGCUAUUCCUAAACAUUCUGGCCUUUGCAGCAUUGUACUACAAAAAGGACAAGAGGAGACAUGAUGUUCAUAGGAGAUGUAGCCCACAGCGUACUACUACCAAUGAUCUUGCCCAUGCACAAGAAGAGGAGAUAAUGUCCCUCCAAAUGAAGCACACUGACUUGGAUCAUGAAUGUGAGUCCAUCCAUCCACAUGAGGUGGUUCUUCGGACCGCCUGUCCCCCAGACUACACAUUAGCUAUGAGAAGGUCUCCUGAUGAUAUUCCCUUAAUGACACCCAACACCAUUACAAUGAUUCCCAACACUAUACCAGGGAUUCAGCCCCUACACACAUUCAAUACCUUUACUGGAGGACAGAAUAAUACUCUGCCCCACCCCCAUCCCCAUCCCCACCCUCAUUCACAUUCAACAACCAGGGUAUAGCCAGACAAGAUGAAACAAACUUUAUUUUUUUUGAUGGAUUACAAUAGGUGACAUUAAUGAAAAUUACUUGGCUUUCAACCUACAAGACUCUUACUAUUUAAAUAUGGAGGAAUAUUAUGUGAAUAUACAUAUCAAGAACUUUUGGGGUUUUGAAAAAAAAAUGAAUUGUACAUAUAUACAAAUGAACUUAAAAAAAAACUUUGCAGUUGCUUAAAGCAAUUGUCCUGAAUGAUACUUUUUCAUUCACAUUCAACUAUUAAUUUUUUGAUGAUUUAAGUUACAUAAUGGAAUUAGGCAUGUGCAACACAAACAGAAAAGAACUCUGACUGAAAUUAAAAAAAAAAAUUAUAAAUCUGCACAAGGGACACACUAAUGGAAUGUCAGAUAAUUUUCACCAAUUUUUAUUUGGAACUGUUUUAUUGUGUAGUCCAUAUUUACAUAUUUGGAUAAGUACACAAAGCACCAAUGCUGUUAAGGCCUUAGUAAGGGGCUCAUGCUGAAAUCUGCCAGCCAAACAAAGAAGUUUUAAAGCCUGGCAGGUACAACAUUAUCACAUAAGUGCUGUCAGUAUAAAAGUUGUGGGAAUAAAGGAAACUGGAUAUUUUUAGCACGAUGUGCAUGAUAAUUUAUAUGCUUGGUGGCUGUGCUGCUGAUUAAGCCGUAAUUAAAAUUCUUCUCAUCCCAUUGGAGUUUUUAACGGAAGCUUCCUCCAUCAAUUGGCACAACCUAAAGAAGAUUUUUUUAAAGGGGCAAAAGUAAUUACAGUAAAAUAAUUCACAGUAGCUUCAGUAAGAGAAGGAAUUACAGUAAUUCUUAAAGGUAUUUGAUGGUAUUCUAGGUAUAUAGUGGUGAACACUCACUCAGUGAAUCCCAGAGGGAAAAAUAUCUUUCUGUGUUUUUAAUGUUCUAUUUUGUUUCCACCUAAAUAAUUUAUAGAACUAUAACCUUAAUGGAACCUCUUUGAUGAAGGAUUUAUAAUUUGUUGUGGUUUAGUUGCAAAAUAUUUAGUUCAUAUUGGUAAGAUAAAGUGUGUCCAAAGAUUUCAUUGCAAGGAUAUUUUGCAGUAUAAAGAUGCCCCAACAUUGCCACUCUGAUUACAGCUCUGUUACUGUUUUAACUCACGGUGCAUGUAACAAAGUUUAUUGCUAAUAUUUUAAUGUAAAGUUAUUUCCCUUUUGGCUAUACGUUAUCCUUGCCAUUCAAGUGAAUUCACUGGAUGAGAUCUAUAGAGUGCAAAUGUAGAUAGAGAGGGUCCAUAAGGAUGGAGAGAGCCAACAAAUGGAAAUUUUUAAACCUGAAUAUUACAUUUGUUUGUGUGGUUUUUAAAUGAAUGUUCUAAAAUCACAUGAAACUCUUCAUUCCCCUGUUGUUUUCCAGAAACGGUAUAUUACGGUCCUUUCAAAAUGUUUGUAUAUGUAAUCAGAUGUACAUUUAUAUAAAAAAAAUGAGAUGGACUUAAGAGCACAUCCCUGAUAAAUACUUUCUCUUACCUGUACUAUAUUUCUAUUAGACUAAAGUUAUGUGAUUUUUUUUUACAUUUUUUCAAAUUACUAGCAAUUUUGAUAGUUUGUAAGAUAAUGCAAAGAACUCUCUGACAAACUAACUGCAGUAACAGAAACAUUUCUUUUCAGUUACUCUUUUUCAAGAACGAAAGCUUAUUACACACACACACAAAAAUUGUAUACUACUUGAUGGAAAAUUACUUUGUACUUUUUGGCCAUAUUACUGGUCACUGAGUGAAAUAAAGAUAAUCUGGAUAACAAGUAUUAUUCCAAUGCUAAGAGAUCUGAUCUUUGCUCAUUAAAGAGCUAAAAUGUUUAUUGCUGUUUUGUCAUUUUUUAAUGAAGUAAUGGUAACUGUCUCAAAUAAAGAGUCAUUUCUUAAGACUAGUCUGGUUUUUGAAGACAUGGAUAUGCCUUCUACAGAUAACAUAACUGCAUAUUUAUAGGUCAGUCCUAUCUAAAACAGUUCCUCAUAAGAAUCAUGACAUUGUGAAUGUAUGAUGUCGCAGUAUUACAUUAAUUACCACUACCCACUAACUUGCCAUAAUUUUUCAGCCAGAAGUAAGAAUUAAAAUACAUACCUCAAAUUUAGAAAUGUCAAGGAACAGAUAAAUAUGCAGUAUUCCAUUAAAUGAAACUCACCUAGUUCACACUGUGUGGGUGAUUAAACUUUCAUAAAAUGAUUUUACUAGAAACUUACCCUUCAAAGUGUGUUUAAGAACAUCAAAUACAGACUUCAAAAGUGACACUGAAAACAAAAUAACAAAAACCACUGCAGUUUCAGUCAUUUUCUUUAGAUAAACUAAUAAAAAAAUACCCACUAACAAUUAAUAUAAUACAGCUUAUCAUCCUCGGUUUUAAAAGGAGCAUUUCUGGUAGAAGCAUAAAGAUUGAAGUCUUCAAAAUCCAGGAUGGUCUAUGUGCAAUUUCUGCCUGAUGUGGUUGUGCUUUUAGACUGUGACCUGCCAAUGUAAACCAAUAAAAAGAAUUGUCUGCCAUCUGAUAAUUAUUGUUUAAUAGGAAGAUUGUAUUUUGCUAUGUUAAUGAAACAAAACAAAACAAACAAAACCAUGAAUGGCCAUAAAACAAGAUAUACACAAAAUAUGAUUUCAUGUGCUUUUCUUAACUUUAUCAAAGUCAAAAUAAUUUUCUACUAUAAUUUAAUGGUGGCCAUAUCUACAGCUAUAUACAGUAUCUCUAUAUUCAGUAUCUGGUAAUUGUUUACUUUUAUUAGCUCAGAAAUAAAUGAUUGAGGUAAACCAAGCAUGACAAUACACUUUUUCUUUUCUGUCAGCCAAUAAUACCACAAAUGUGAAAGAUCAAGGCAGCAAUGCAAAUUUUAUAACAUUUUCCUGUUCAAAAAUUCACAUGAUGCAGAAACUGUGAAUACAAUUUUAGUUGCUACUUUAUAAUUACAGUUCAGCGGCUAGUUUUCUGAAAGUAAGAGAAUUUUCCACAUUUUAUCACAUGAAUGAAGGCCACAAACUGUUUUUUAAAGCUGAAAAUACUCACAAAUGUAAGAAACAUUUUGGAGUAUUUUUGAUGGUUAUGCUUUAUGGAAUUCACUUUUGUUGUUUUUAAAAGAUAUAUUUGUCUGGGUUUUUUUUGUUUUUUUACAAUAGAGAAUGAGAAACCAAAUGGAGUGCGCUAUUUUAUUUUGUGUAUUGUUCAUUGGAGCAGAUUUCCAAUGCAAUUAGGAUAUUAGUAUUUAGAAGUACAGCAAAAAUAUGAAAAGCCUGCAUUUACUGCUUUCCCAUUUUUGUAAAUAUGUUUGAAGACUUCUUAAGAAAAAAUAUUUGAUUAUUUUGAGGAAAAAACUAUAGAAUCAAUGUCUCUUUUCCCCAUUUGUUUUCUAUUAAAACUCUAGACAUAUGCUACUUUAUAUUUAGUCUUGGAUGCGUAGUUUAUACACAGAGAAGGCAGUGCUGACAUUGCAUAGGGAAAUAAAGCAAAUUGAAACACAUUUUGCUUAAUAGUAUCUCAGUAGGCCAUAUAUUGUAUACUGUAUCCAAUGAAGACUUACAGAGCAUGGAAUUAAGAUUGCUAAACAUACUCUUCUAUAAAACAGCAUAAGAGUUAGUGCUAUUGUUAUUAAAUGUAUUCAGAAAUGGAUUCUUACUGUAUAUUUUUGGUUAACUGAACCUCAAAUAAAUAUUGAUAUGCAAUAAAAACAGGGUGAAAAGAAGCCUAACAAAUAAACAUGUUACAGCUUUAAACACCACUGCAUAAAAAUUGCUGAGAUUUCUCUUGCGAGUUUCACUGAAAUAUUUUGAAGAGACAGAAUAGAACUGAAAUUGUUAGGAAGCUGUAAAACAUCAUGGUGGUUCUUUGAUGUUAGUAACUUGUUUUCUUCUAUGGUAUUAAUUCAAAGUAUUGGCAUUUCCCCUGUCCCUCACCCCUCCUUUUCUA